GGAGCACGUCUCUUCCAGGGCUACAAACAGGCUACAACCAGGCUAAAAACAGGCUAUAAACGGGCAAAUACCCAAAUAACACCAGAGCUGACGCUGCGUGGAUGUCAGAGCCAUGAAGCACAGCUCUAACGUCCCGGCCUUCCUCACCAAACUGUGGACUCUGGUGGAGGAUGAAAACACCAACGAGUUCAUCUGCUGGAGCCAGGAGGGGAACAGCUUCCUGGUGCUGGAUGAGCAACAUUUUUCUAAAGAGAUCCUCCCAAAGUUCUUCAAACACAACAACAUGGCCAGUUUCAUCAGACAGCUCAACAUGUACGGUUUCCGUAAAGUGAUGCACAUCGACACGGGGAUAGUGAAGCAGGAGAGAGACGGCCCUGUGGAGUUUCAGCACCCCUACUUCAAACACGGACAGGACGACCUGCUGGAGAACAUCAAGAGGAAGGUCUCCAGCUCUCGACCUGAGGACACAAAGAUCCGGCAGGAGGAUUUGACAAAGAUCCUGGCGAGCGUUCAGAGUGUUCACAGCAAGCAGGAGAACAUCGACGCGCGCCUGAUCACUCUGAAGAGGGAGAACGAGACUCUGUGGAGGGAGAUCUCUGACCUGAGACAGAAGCAUGCUCACCAGCAACAGCUCGUCAAAAAGUUGAUCCAUUUCAUCGUCACGCUGGUCCAGAACAACCACAUCCUGAAUUUAAAAAGGAAAAGGCCGAUUCUGAUGAACAGCAGCGGGAAGAAGCCCAAAUACAUCCAUCAGAUCUACGAGGACAAAGUGUGUGUGGAGCAGUCCUCUGUCAGCAGUCUAAAUGGAGUGAAGACCUCCGAGGUCUCCGAUGAUGUUAUCAUCUGUGAUGUCACUGACAGCGACGCCGAGGUGACAGUCGACAUCACAGAGGAGUCGCCACGAGCGUUCGACCCUGGUGAUAUGGAAAUCGUGGAGGUGGAGCUUUACAACAGAGCAGAGACAGACGACACAGAGGACGGGAACAAGAGUACCAGCACGUCAGACAGUAAUGCACCGACGACCAGCACGCCACCCAUCACCGCUACGCCCACCAGCACGCCGCCCAUCACCGCUACGCCCACCAGCACGCUGCCAGUCACCGCUACGCCCACCAGCACGCUGCCAGUCACCACUACGCCCACCGGCAUGCCCACCAGCAGCACAUCCAUCAGCUCGGCCCUGCAGCUGAACAAACCAGCAGGCCUGAGUCUGGAGGACCCUGUGAAGAUGAUGGACUCUAUCCUGAACGAGAACGGAGCCAUAUCACAGAACAUCAACCUGCUGGGCAAGGUGGAGCUGAUGGAUUAUCUGGACAGCAUCGACUGCAGUCUGGAGGAUUUUCAGGCCAUGCUGUGUGGGAAACAGUUUGGGAUCGAUAUCGAUCCUCUGGAGGAGACUGUUUCCUCCAGAGAGAGCAGCUCUCAGCUGAACCGACGGACAGAAGAAGAAGACAACACAGAUAAACAGCUGAUCCAGUACACCUCCUGCCCCCUGCUGGCCCUCCUGGACGGCUACACCCCUCCUACAGACAUGGACCUGGGCUCUAGCAGCUGUGCCUCCGCCUCCUCAGUCCCGCUGGACUUGAGCCCCCCCUCAGACCUGCUGGAGCCCGUCUUGGAGACCCAACCUUUGACCCGGAGCACCCUGAUCCGCCUGGAGCCGCUGACAGAGGCCGAGGCCAGCGAGGAGACGCUCUUUUACAUGGUCGGACUGAGUCCUGCUGGCGCCGACACAGAUGUAGCCCACCUCUGAGACAGACUUACACCACCCUCUGGGUCUGAGAUAGACUAGACCCUCCAUGGACGGGGUCUGAGACAGGCUGGGGUCUUAGGGGACUCCCCCACGUUGAUGACUGUGACUUUGAAGAAAACGUUUAUUAAACAUUGAUGAUUCGUCUUCAUUAAUGUUGACACCCCCCCCCCCCCCCCCCCUUCCCAAGUCUUUACUUAGACACAAAAAAACCAAAAACCAGGACCACAGCUGUUUCACGACUUCAGCAAAACCUGGAACGCCAGGACACUUAGACUCUUCACCACUGAAAGAAUUUGAAGUAAAAUUUGAAAAAUGAUUAAUUUUGUUGUUUUAUCUUCUGAUCCUAAAAAGGAAGAUCAAAGAACAGAACACCGGAGAUGUAACAUCCUUUUUCACAACAGGAGAAAAAUAAUGUUGUACCACCAGUGUUCCAUUCUAUGAUCUUCCUUUUCUGACCAGAACACCAAAAAUUAAAAAAAGAACCGCUUGUUUUUCUAUUCUUCCUGAAAAACCAGGAACUGUUUGGUUUCUGUUUCCUGGUCCUUGGUUCGGGAUUCUGUACUUCCUGAAGGUUCCGUGUUUGUUUCUGGUUUCUAACAGGGACUGUGGAACAGCUUGUCUCUGGUUUUGGGUAGAGCUUUAGAAUAUCUGCGUCUUUAUAAAAACACUAGACUCUACUCAGAGUCCCAACCAAAAGCACUGCAAUACCCACAAUCCUAGAGGGUCACAGCCAUGUCUCUGAUUGGCUGAACCCAUCUUUACCCAUGAAACUUUUGUUGAACGCAGUCUUGACCCAAAGACGUUUAACCAGGGUCAGUGGACCAAUCACAGACCAGACAGUGGUCCAGACAGUUCACAGCUCUGAGACCAGACAGACAGCUGUUUUUAUCUAGACAUGGACCAGUCUCACCACAGCAGAUCUGUAGAGGACCAGGACUGACCCUGAGGACCUGAUAGGGCUGUAAUCCACAGAUCCUGAUAGAUAGACCAUGAGGACCAGAUACCGCUGUGAUCCACAGAUCCUGAUAGACAGACCCUGAGGACCAGAUAGAACUGUGAUCCUCAGAUCCUGAUAGACUGACCCUGAGGACCAGAUAAAGCUGUGAUCCUCAGAUCCUGAUAGACUGACCCUGAGGACCAGAUAAAGCUGUGAUCCUCAGAUCCUGAUAGACUGACCCUGAGGACCAGAUAGAACUGUGAUCCACAGAUCCUGAUAGACUGACCCUGAGGACCAGAUAAAGCUGUGAUCCUCAGAUCCUGAUAGACUGACCCUGAGGACCCUGAGACUGACCCUCAGGUCUUCUCUGAGCUGUGGACUCUUUCUGAUCUUGGUGUUUUAAUGAAAGUUGUCUGGUAAAGAUCAGUUCCCGCCCUCCUCUGUCUAAACUGCUUUCAUGGACGUUUUCUUUGAAGUGACAGUCUGAGACGUGACACCUGCACCAUAGACUCCCUCCUGGAUCAGCAGAGAUCUUCUCCGUGUCUAUGAGGAGGUCUCACUCCUCUCCUGUAUUUACAAACGUUUGUAUUUACUCUUCAUGUUUUAUUUAUUCAGUUUUUUGUUCCGUUUUUGCUACAUUUGUCCAGCAGGCGUCACUCUUUCAGAUUCUCUCUGAGCUGUUUACUGAAGGCUGGCUGCACACUGGAUGGUUUAUAUUUGAGUCUAAAACUGUGGGAGAGUCUGCUCUAUCAGACCUCUGAAAAAUUUUAUUAUAGUCUGUUAUACCUGGGGGGGGGGGGUCAAACUCCCACCCCCCUAGCAGGUGACAUCCAGGCCGCAAUGACACGUCAUAAAAAGGACUCACAGCAGUGCAUGGCUGCAGCACACGGUCCAAAAGAGAGGCUUAUACAGACUGCAUUAUUUUAAGACUGAAGGACAAGAAUUUAUUAUGCCUAAUUUUGAUUUUUUUUUUUUUUUUUUUUUUAAGAUGAAAAACUUAACCACCAUGCACAGCUGCACUCUGCUCUCUCACAAGCCGUGUUUCCAUCAGGAGCUCUGGUUUGAUUCAGUACAGUUUUGUAAGGUUUGGUACGCUAAUCCCCAAAAUAGUUUGUUUCCACAGGUGGGUGGGCUGUAAAAGCAUGCAUGUGAAGUCACAGCGCGAGUCUGCUGGUCCAGCCGCAGAGUUGUAGAAAGGAUGAGUGACAGAAAUCAGUAGGGAAUAAGCAUUAAACAGCUUUAUUUCAGCUGGAAGUGCUGUUAAAAAAUAGCUACAUAUUAAUUAUGAUAACCGGUGUCAGUACAGAUCCUCAGCUGAUGGAAUACAUGUACAGAGAUGGUUUGAGUUGUAACUGUACAUUAAUAUGUGAAUAUAUCUAGUCUAUAACCGUUUAUAUGACAAAAUAUUAAAGUUCAGAGCUGAAUUCGCCACAUUAAAAAUAAAGUAAAAGUUGAGCUGGUGUUAAAACCAAACUAGAUUAAGUCAGAAAUCCUGGGUGCGCUGAACAGGUUUUAAAAUAAGCUCCAGCCCAAAGUUUUUACAAACACGUCCAACAACCACAGAGCGAUGUUUUCACAGGUUAACUUAAGUAGGAAGUAGAUUAAUAACUAGUUACACUACAGAGAAUCAACUGAUCUUGGGCUUCAUAUUCACAAUUUUCAGCAUAAAUUUAAUUUCACAUCCAUCGUGGAUAGACCAGGCUGAUGUGAGCCUUUGGGCUCUGCUUUGUGUUCUUAAAAUCAGGUCCAGAUAAACGUCAGGAAACUUGAUUUGUGGCCAGAUAUCAAUACCCAUAGACUAGGAAACAGUUUGGAUCUCCCUCGAGUCCAAAUAUCUCCAAUUUAAGCAGAUAUUAGUCACUUUUCUCCUGUUUUUCGCUUGCUCCUCACAGAGCAGACUUCUGUGUUUUUCAGACCGGAGCCAAGCAGCCGUGUCGCGCGCUGAUGUGAUGUCAGUGCAACCCCCUAUUGUUUUGUGUGUAGCUCCACUUUUUUGGGACGGAUAGGUAAGAUUGGUACCCCUACAGAAGGAUGCUGAAAAGUGGGACAGUACAGGUUGGCUUUUUGGGACCCUUUCCAACUUUUGCUCUAUGGAAACACAAAAAAAUGCGUGCCGUUCUGUACCGAACUGAGCCAGACCACUUGGUGGAAAUGACCUAAUAGAGUACUCUCCUGUCUGCUUUUCUGACCAGUUUCCUGCAUAUCGCGCCUUAUCGAAUAACAGAGGUUUUUGUCUCGUAAAACAAAACUCUUUCUCCUGUGGAGGAUUAAGACAGCUGCUCUCAGGAUAGCAAAUACUUUACCUGAGCAACUGUUCAUCAGCCACAAACGCAGACCUUGUAUCUCACUUUGAUGAGAUACAAGGUCUUCAUCACUAUGAGCUGUAAAGACUCAAGUGACUCAGUUCAAUGUCAGCCUGAUAUCAUCUCUUUUUGGCGUGACUGUAGCAGCAGUUAGAUCAGAACUGGUCGGCAUUUUUUUUUACCAAAGAGCAAAGAAGCACAGAUUUUACUGGUGUUAAUGUAAACUAGCUCCACUGACAACCAGAACCGCUAAGUCAUGAUCUCACAAGGGUAGAAAGCACUCCCCAGUUUAAUAACAAUAAUGACUCCAUACAAACCAAGCCCAGAAUGGUGUGGUGUGUGGUCAGCCUUCAGUUCAGUCCCAAUAUUUGAUAUGAUAGCAGCAGAACUCCUGAACCAUCCUAGAACAUGUUGACACCUGGACAGGUGAGACAGACUUACUGCUCAUGCUCAGAGCCAAGGACUCGCACAUCCAGGGCUGAGAUGCACGUUACUAUCAGCCAAUGAACAGACGCUUUAACUCUGCUGUCACUGUCAUUACACUCUUCAUACUGUAGGUGGCGCUGUGCUCCUUUAAAAGCUUAACAGCAGAAUAAAUUUUUUUCUAAUCUAAUCUGAGGCUGUGUUUUCUGUUGGGA